AUGCUUGAUUUCCUCGCAAGUCCAAUGGCUCACGGUGCUAAUUCUCAACUGGCAGAGGAACUGGCAGCUAAGGGUGUCAAGGUUUUGAACUUUUAUGACGUUGUCUUCGAUCUUAUCCUCCUUGAUGCCCUUGAAGUCCUCGCUAAUCCUCCUUCUUCUAUUCUUUCAGUCACUCGCAAUCAAUGGCUCAGUGCUAGUUUCAAGCGUACUGCUAUUGAUUCUGCGAUAUGGACCAUCCUGAUGGGUAAACGGAAGAUGCUCCAACGACCUGAUGGUUUUUACGCUCAUUAUUAUGCCUUAGUUGGUACUUUUGCCCCUGCUUUAGCUUGGGGCUUUCUCGGACCAGAUGCAGGUGCCAAUCGCAUUUGUUCUCGUUUUCGUGAAGCUCUUAUUGGCUUAGUCCGCCAGUUUUUCGUUGCUGCAUCUCCUGUCGUAUCCUCAGCAAGCGGGGAUUUUGGUCUAAAGUAUACUGAUUUCUUUGAUUCUAUAGAAAAGACUUCAAGCUCAUUAUUUAUGGCCAUUAUUUGUUUUACUAAGGUUUACAAAUAA